CUCCCGUGGGUUUUGUCAGGGUUUUAGUUCGUUGAAAGAAACUUCCCAAAAUACCCCCACCCCCUCCUCCUCCGCCAUGAGAAGACUCCGAGCCGCUUCCUCUCUCCUCUCUCUCUUCUCCAAGCCCAAACUCUCUUCCCAAAAUACCCUCCCAUUUCUCCAUUCGCUCCCCUCAACGUCACGCUCCGACCUCAAACCCCCAAUUACCUUCCCAAAAUGCCCCCGCCUCUUCCAAACCCUUUCCCAAUCUACCCCUCCUCUCGAAUCAUUAAAAUCUCAAGACAAACUCUUGCUCGCCUUCAAAUCCCUAGAUUCCUCUUCGAAAGUCGAUAGCUUUAGCUCGAACGAGCUUGUAAAAGCCCUAGAUUUGACCAUUAGGGCUUUAGAAAUUUUCGAAAGAGACGAAGGUGGAUCGAUUUCGGUGGCGAAAGCUCUUCGCUUGUUGGGCUUGAUCAGCUGCAAGUUGAAGAAGUUUGGUGAUAGCUUGGAGUCUCUGAACACGGCGGUCGUGAUUCUCGAUCGACUGGAGAAAGAGGGUUUUAAUGAUUCGGAGAUUAGAGCGGUUAGCCUUAUGGUUUAUCUUCAAUUGGUGGAGACUAACUCUGAAAUGGGUCGAAAAUGGGAUACCUUGACCAGUCUCAAAAGGGUUUUUCAAUUGAGAAAGUCGAUAUUUGAUCCUAAUAGUCCAGAAAUGGGUGCAGCAUAUAAGGAUCUCUGUGAGGCCUAUGCGGUUGUUUUGGAUUUCAAAGAGGCAUUGCCAUUGAUUUUGAAAGCAUUGGAGAUUUUUGAAGUAAAUUAUGGGUGCGAUUCGGUUGAGGUUGCUAGGGUUAGACAACUUCUCAGUGUUAUUUAUGUCGGAUUGGAUGAGAAUGACAAGGCGUUGGAGCAAAUUGAGUUUGCAAAAGGGAUUUUUACUUGUUUAGAGUUGGAAGAUGAUCUUUUGAAUUUACUUGUAGAAGAAGCCAAUAUAAAGAUUUCGAUGGGGGGAUUUAGUGAGGCUAUUGAAAUCUUAAAGAGUGUGAUUCAGAGGGUAGGCAAGGAGAGCAAGAUUCGGGCAUUUGUGUUUGUUUCCAUGGCAAAAGCCUUGUGUAGCCAAGAGAAGUUUGGGGAGGCAAAGAGGUGUUUAGAGAUUGCUUGUGGUGUUCUCGACAAGUUUGAAUCCGUAGAUUCCUCAAAGGUUUUCGAUACUUAUGCAGAGAUAUCGAUGAUAUACGAGAUAAUGAAUGAAUUCGAAACUGCUUUAUCAUUGAUGGAGAGGACUCUUGCAAUGGUUAGCAAAUCGCCAAGAGAGCAACAUUUAGAGGGUAGCAUCUCGGCGAGGAUGGGAUGGUUGCUUCUUUUGACGGGAAGGGCUGAGAGAGCUAUUCCGUAUUUAGAAAGGGGAGAGCAGAGGUUAAAGGAUAGCUUUGGGGAGAUGCAUUUUGGAUUAGGGUUUGUUAGUAAGCAUUUAGGGCAGGCUUAUAUGGAGGUUGGUAGGCCUGCACAUGCUGUGCAAGUGCUUGCAACUGCAUAUAACAUUCUCAGUAGAUGGUUUGGGCCGAAGCAUGAGGAUUCUAUUGAUGCAUGCCAAUCUCUUGCUAAUGCAUAUGCAACUAAAGCAAGCUCUUCGUCUAUAGACACGAAGCAAGGCCACUAUGCUUCUGCAAUGGAGUUUCAACAACGAGUCAUAACAGCAUGGGAAAGCUGUGGUCCUAAUGCUACUGAUGAACUAAGAGAAGCUCAUCGGCUUUUUGAGCAGCUAAAGAAAAAGGCGCUAGGAUCGCCCUCUGCUGUAUAUCCUGCAAAUGCUUUGCCAUUAUCGCAAUGUAGGUGAUGCAUUUACUUGACACUUCUACAAUGUCAAAGUCAAGGUAAGUUAAUAAGACAAUUCAAUAUCUUUCUUUCCUUGUAUUCAAUCAUCUAUAAAGGUGUUUGGCUUGUCUUAAAGUUCCUCCCACUGUAUCAGAACCCUGAUAUUGUGGUGAAGAUUGAGGAUUAUAAUUCACUCUAACAUGUCUCUGUAUUUGAAUUUUUUCUUUUAUUGGAGAAAACCUGGGCCUAUUUUAACUGCUUACAUAAUUCCCUUUGCAAGUGCAUCUGAUAUAAUUUGAAUUUGGGUUACUUUGUCAA